GGAUCGUGUCAAAAGUUUAUAAAAAACUGUUCACAAAUAUUAUAAGAGAUGUAGGCCUAGGAUUAUGUUUAAACUGGAAGGUUGUCACAUUACAUUGAAGAGAAGAAAAUGCUUUACAGAUCAUCAGCCCACAUAUCAGAGCAGCCUGCAGAUGAUAUUUUAAUAAUAAUUUGAUCAAUAGUUAAACAUCCACGAGCAUAAUCACCUUUACCUGCGGCUGACCCCUGUGUGACCUCUCCUCUGGUGAUAUCACGCGCUCUGAUUGGACGAACCCCUCAGUGACCUGUGAUCGACCCAAGAUGGCGCUCCGCUGUGUCCCCGGUGUCCAGAUAUCGGCGGUGCUCCUCGUGCUCCUGCUCCCCGGUAACUCCUCGUGCGCGGUGGCACCGGACACAGAUAGUGCGCGCGGCAGAGCGGAGCUGCAGCGCGUGCGGAGCUACGCGGCCACCUCGCGCUAUGGAGACUGCUGGACGCGCGCGCUGGAGCAGCUGGACACGCGCUGCAGGGACAUGACGUCAGAGAGCCAGAGUCGCGUGGCGCUCAGGUUUACGCACUGUCACCUGCUCAGCUCUGGUCGUGAUUUCCCAGCCUGCCCUGAGGGAUCAGAGGUCAGCAGAUGCACAGCUCACAUGGAUGUGGUGGCCUUCAACACGUACACAGAGUUCUUCACCCACACACACUCCAUGUGCCACUUCCUUCAGUCUGAGGCCUGGCAGAAUAAAGCAGAAAACACCAUGCACAGGUUAACAGAGAGUUCAGCAGGUGUAGCAGAGCAGCUGGAGUCCACCAGACAAAUGGCUGAGGACUUGAUUGAAGCCCAGAGCGUGGCUCUAAAGUCUCAACAGGAAAUCCUGACCAACGGAGAGGAGCUGAGGGCUACGCUUAAGGACUCCACACAAGGUCUCCGGUCUGUGUUCUCAGAGCUGUCUGCGGUCUCCCAGCAGCAGCAGCUCGCCCUCUCUGAGCUCUUUAAUCGGGUCAGUUUUCUGCACAGUUUCCUGAUGCUGGAGGCCCACAGCAUGAGCUCGUGUCUGUACAACGCCGCAGCGCUCGGGGCCGCCUUCCUGCUCACUGCCACCUCCCGCACCUCCAGGGCCAGACUGCUGCUGUUGGCUCUGGUGUGUUUGAACUUUUACCUGGAGAAAAAGAUUUAUGAGUUUGUGACGAGCUCUGAUCUCCCAGAACACCAGCACAUGGAGAUGGUGGCGUCUUAUAUCAGUGUUCUUCGGCGCCUGGUCCUCUCCUUCUCUGUGUUUGUGUUAAUUUUUGUUAUUCUGAGACAUAAAGACCCACUGCAGCAGAGUCUAAUGGUUCUACAGCAGCUGCAGGAGACUCAGCGCAGCCUGCAGGUGGCGCUACAGCACGCAGAGAAUUUGGGAGAGAAGCAGAGGAGAUCAGAGGAACAUAAACAGGAAGUGGAAAUGUCAUCUCAGAAACGAAAACAGGAGAGAAUCAAACAAGAAGAAAAUGUUUAUAAGCUGUCUUUUGUGAAGUCUGAUAAGAGGAAAAUGGAAGACGAGUGUCCCAUUGAUGAAUCAGACCUGUCUCAGCUCUCAGACAUCGGUUGGAGUGCAGACAGCAUCCUGAGCAGCACAGUCUGUUCUUCUGCAGCUGACACCACAGUCCUGGCCUCCCAAGAUGCAACACUCCAGAACACUAUCACCCAUGACGCCCCGGUGCAGACCCCAGCUGAGUCCCAGCAGACGCCAGAGAAAGACCUCCACAUCCAGACGAGGCUCCUCUGGGUCUCCUCUGGUCUACAGCAUCUUGGUGGAGGACAAACAGUCGCGCUACAGUUUGAGAAGUCGUCGAUUAGAGACGCCCAAAUACUUCGAUUGAAAGAAGAGAAAGCUUUUAAUGUAAAUUUUAUAUUGCACUAAUUUAAUAAAAAUCACAUUUGUACUUUUUAUAAAAAUUUGCCUCACUAAUUUUGUGUCUAUUGCUGAAGGCUGUGCACCAUUUUUUGAUUUUUUUGUUUGUUAAACGAGUUGUGGGUGAAGUACAUAUUUUUCUGUUUUGAAUAUUCCUCUCAUUUUAAUUGAUGCUCACUAUGUUUGCACUCAUAUG